AUGAGCACAAUUUUGGAAAAAAUAGCAGCCAUCGAGUCUGAAAUGGCCAGGACUCAAAAAAAUAAAGCAACGGCCGGUCAUUUAGGUUUACUAAAAGCACGUUUAGCUAAAUUGAGAAGAGAACUUAUCACACCUAAAGGAGGCGGUGGAGGACCAGGAGAUGGUUUCGAUGUGGCUAAAACCGGAGAUGCUCGUAUAGGUUUCGUUGGAUUUCCGUCCGUUGGAAAAUCUACCCUCCUAAGCAAUUUAGCUGGUGUUUAUUCGGAAGUGGCAGCCUAUGAAUUCACGACACUUACAACCGUACCCGGCUGUAUAAAAUAUAAGGGAGCAAAAAUUCAAUUAUUAGAUUUACCAGGUAUCAUUGAAGGUGCUAAAGAUGGUAAGGGAAGAGGAAGACAAGUAAUUGCCGUUGCUAGAACCUGCAGUUUAAUAUUCAUAGUAUUGGACGUGUUAAAGCCUUUACAACAUAAGAAAAUAAUCGAGCACGAAUUGGAAGGAUUUGGAUUAAGGCUCAACAAAGAACCUCCAAACAUCGUUUACAGAAAAAAGGAUAAAGGUGGAGUUAAUUUGCAAUGUAUGGUACCCCAAUCGGAAUUGGAUUUAGAUUCCGUCAAAGCCAUACUUUCCGAAUAUAGAAUUCACAACGCUGAUAUAACUCUCAGAUACGAUGCCUCCAGUGAUGAUUUGAUUGACGUCAUAGAAGGAAAUAGAAUUUACGUUCCUUGCAUUUACAUCCUCAACAAAAUCGAUCAGAUCAGCAUAGAAGAAUUGGAUAUAAUUUACAAAAUCCCUCACACCGUACCCAUAUCCGCUCACCACAAAUGGAAUUUCGACGACCUUUUGGAAAAAAUGUGGGAAUAUUUAAAACUCAUAAGGAUUUACACGAAACCCAAAGGUCAAUUACCCGAUUACAAUUCUCCGGUUGUUCUUCACUGCGAAAAAAGAUCCGUGGAAGAUUUUUGCAAUAAAUUACAUAGGAGUAUAGCGAAAGAAUUUAAAUAUGCUUUGGUCUGGGGUUCAUCAGUCAAACAUCAACCGCAAAAAGUAGGAAGGGAUCAUAUUUUAAACGAUGAAGACGUCGUUCAAAUCGUUAAGAAAGUGUAA